GUAUGUUUGUGUGUGUGUGUGUGUGUGUGUGUGUGUGUAAAGACAGUGUUGCUCCAGCAGAGGGCGCAGCGCGGGUUCAUUAUUUUGAUCAUUAGCACUCGGAAGCUGUGAUGUCUGCUCAGGCGUGAUGGUUUAGUGCAGCGGUCAGCCGUGGCCGAGCGUGGGAUGUUACGCUGGACGGUGCACCUGGAGGGCGGCCCGCGGAGGGUCAACCAUGCGGCGGUGGCAGUCGGACACAAGGUCUAUUCCUUCGGAGGAUACUGCUCUGGAGAAGACUACGAGACUCUGAGACAGAUCGAUGUGCACGUCUUCAACACGGUGUCUCUGCGCUGGACGAAGCUGCCGCCGGUGCGGACCGGAGGACGGGAACACGCUCGGGAAGUGCCCUACAUGCGUUACGGACACACGGCCGUGCUGGUGGACGAGACGGUGCUGAUCUGGGGCGGGAGGAACGACACCGAGGGCGCCUGUAACGUCCUGUACGCCUUCGAUGUCUGUCAGCACCGCUGGUUCACUCCUAAGAUCUCCGGGUCAGUCCCAGGAGCCAGAGAUGGACACUCGGCCUGUGUUCUGGGGAAGGCCAUGUACAUCUUCGGAGGAUACGAGCAGCUGGCCGACUGCUUCUCCAACGAGAUUCACAAGCUGGACACCAGCAGCAUGUGCUGGUCACUAGUGAGCACCCGGGGCACUGCGGCUCGAUGGAGAGACUUCCACUCUGCUACUAUCAUCGGCACCAAGAUGUUUGUGUUUGGAGGAAGAGCGGAUCGAUUCGGUCCUUUCCACUCCAACAACGAGAUCUACUGCAAUAAAAUCAAGAUCUUUGACACGGAGACCAACUGCUGGUUAAACACACCGUCUACACAGCUGCUGCCCGAGGGACGCCGGAGCCAUUCUGCCUUUGCCUAUAAUGGAGAGUUGUAUAUAUUCGGAGGUUAUAAUGCUCGUCUGGACCGACACUUCAAUGACCUCUGGAAGUUCAAUCCAGAGGCGUUCUCCUGGAAGAAGGUGGAGCCCAAGGGCAAAGGCCCGUGUCCCAGACGCAGACAGUGCUGCUGCAUGGUGGGAGAUCGCAUCAUCCUCUUCGGAGGAACCAGUCCGUGUCCGGAGCAGGGGAUGGGAGACGAGUUUAACCUCAUGGACCACUCGGACCUGUACAUCCUGGACUUCAGUCCUAAUCUGAAGACUUUAUGCAAACUAGCAGUUAUUCAGUACAGUCUGGAGCAGUCGGGCCUCCCUCAUGACAUCAGGUGGGAGCUGACCGCUAUGACCACUAACAGUAACAUCAGUCGGCCCAUCUUCUCCUCUCACGGCUGACAGCUGAACCUGACAGACUCCCGCUCCACAGAUGAUCCACUUCCACCCGUUCGGAUCCAGACUGCAGAUUCUGAACACGAUUGCUGCCGAGGAGAAACAGAUCGUCUCAAUCUUAAAUCAGUCCAGUUAUUCAUCAGUGUUCCUGUGUUUUAAUGAAGUUUUGGAGUGAGAUGAAGAUCAUUUAUCCUGUAAUCUGUAAUUGCUCUGCUUGUGUUCAGAUCGCUCCGUCGGGUUUAAAUACAAGACUUUGGUUGUGGUUCCACAUGUGCUUUUACACAUCGCCCGCAGAGAUGAUCUUCAGAGAAGACUGGACUGGUUUUCUGUUCCUCAGUGCUUCUGACAAUAAACCUGACUCCACAACCAAUAGAAACAGAAAUAAUCUUCUGCAUGCGUGCGUUCUGUCAUACUGCGAUCGCUGACAGACGGUCUUAGAUCUCACAGAGCUGGGAGAAGCAAAUGAUGUUGAAAAGUUUUCUGAAAAGGUUUGAAUGUUUUCUCAUUUACUCACAGAAGAAUCAACACCCAUCAAAUCCUCUGCUGUUUCUGGGCCACUUUCUCCAGAUUCACCUCUUUCACAGUCGGGCUUUCCAGACACGUCUUAAACAUCAGAUCCAUUGCUGCUGUUUCUUAACACCUCUUUCUGUUUCAUCUGAAUCUUUCCUGUUCUGCAGAAUAUUGAAGUUGAGAGGUUAUUGAUUCUGAUGGUGCCAAAUCUCCAGGUGAAGCUCUCACAGACGUCAUGUAAUCUCCAUGCUGCUUUCAUGAGCUAACAGACACAAGCUACGAGAGGAACAAACUAUUCUUUCAGUUCUGAUUGGCCAUUUACUUCUCUAGUGUAAAUGCUGGAUUCAGAGUCUUUGUUUUAAUCAUGUUCGGCUCUCGAUGUGUGAAGGAACGUUAGGAAACAUCUCUGAGCCUCAAGUGUGAUUCCUGGCUGGUGGAUGAAUCUUUUUCCACGAGUUACGUUAUAAACGGGUUUUUAGUGGGAUCUUGAAUUUCCUAAACAAUAAAACUGAUGAUAAUUUUG